UCGGUCAACAAGAGGACCGGAGGGACACCCGAGGGCACAGGGCAGCAUGUUUACAGCUACUUAUGACCGUAAUUAGUUGUCCGGCACGACUGAGACGCUUUAUUAGAUUUUUUUGGUUUGUUUGUUUUUGGAGACACUAAGCUCUUGUGAACGCCGUCGAUAAUGUUUUUGUGUCGUACAGCAGCGGCUCUGGAUGUGGCUUUCAAGUCACAGGGCUCGUUUUUGGUGCGAGUCAAAGCAAACAGACUGAAGGAUGUUACUUUGACACUACGCGAGGGCCACUCGUUCCAGCGGUACCGGUGUUUCUGCGCAUCCGCCAGACGCGUUGAUCUGGCCCCUGUGCACCUGGGUAAACAGCACCCGGAACUCAUCCAGAACUGGGACGUGACGUCUAGUUUUGCAGCCAGAACGGGCUGGGUGCAUUUGGACCGGGUGACCGCUGUAGCUGUGAGUCUUUCUAAAAGCGUGCACCGUGAAGGCGCUGAAUGUAAUAUCAUCAGGGAGCCGUUCGUUUUCACAAAAAGGCGCCGUAACAGCGGGGGAGACCCGGUGGGUAAUGUUUUGUUUAAAGGUAACUGGGAUAUUUCCAGUCGACACUGCUCCACCAGGACAAUGCAGAUCCGAUCCUCAUCCACACAGACGGCCGCGAAAAAAAGCGAGGAACAGACCGAUGACAACAAAGGGGAUGUUCAGACUUUGAAGGAGGCAUCUACUGCAUCAUCUGAGAAGAGCCUGGGGAACAAGGAGCCAGAUGGAGAAAAACCCAACAAGACCCAGCAGCUUAAGAAAGUCUUCAAGGAGUAUGGAGCAGUGGGAGUUUCCUUUCACAUCGGGAUCUCUCUCAUGUCUCUGGGAAUGUUCUACCUGCUAAUAUCCAGUGGAAUCGAUAUGACGGCCAUGCUGUACAAACUGGGCUUCAGCGAGGCGAUCGUUCAGUCUAAGACGGCCGCCGGAACCAGCACAUUCGUCCUGGCCUACGCCAUUCACAAGCUCUUCGCUCCUGUUCGCAUCAGCAUCACUCUGGUGUCUGUGCCUCUAAUCGUGCGCUACUUCAGAAAGACUGGACUCUUCAAACCGCCCACACCUGCACCCUGAUGACCCCUCUCUCCUCCUCUGCUGCCUCAUUAAGCAACAAACAUCCUUAAUAGCCAUAAAGCCUGUGUAAUUCCUGACUCAUUUGGCUUCAACUUGAAACAUCUUUGCAUUCGUGAAUUCAGGUGAAAUAGUUCCUUCAUCAUUUCCUGCUGUGAGAUUGAAGUUUGAGGUCUUUGGCUCAUCAAACACAAGGACAUAUGUUACGUAAAUGAUCAAAUAUUUAUUUGUAAUCAGAAGAAUGGACAUGAAAUAUUUUUAAGGUUUCCUGCAGGAUUAAGUGAAUCUCUUCUGCACUGUUUUCUAGCUGACUUGGCCAUAUUCUGGUGUUUUAUGAAUCAGCAGAAUACUUGAGGUCUGCUCUGUCCCCUACCUCUCAGCUCUUCUUUCUCUCUCUUCUUACUGUGCUUCUCUCUCCCCUUCAUAUCAUUUGCUGUUGUUUUCCCUUCCUGCAUCCCCCCCCCCCCUCAUUUCUUGACAUCCAUUUCCAGCCCUUCCCUCUUUCUGCCGCUUUCCCUCUUAUUCCCUUUCCUCCUUUUUAUUUUCCAAAUACAGCAACCUGUAAUAACUGCAAGAACAUUAAUAUGAGUGAAGCUGAUUGUAUUUCAUUGCAAACUUUGGAUGAAAAAUGUUGGAUUUUUUUUCCUGAUUUGCGUAUUUAAUUA